GCUCAUCAUCAGUGCAACAAAACCCGCCCUCCCACAAAGCGUCGAUAGACGUGCGAGCUUUGGUCUUGCUGUUUCAUCCUCCCACCCAACCCUGCUGGCCCGAAAAUACACAAAAGUUGUUUUAUGAUUAUAGUGAUUUCAUCAAAUUCAAUUUCAAGUUCUAGUACGCUACUAAAACUACAUCGUGAUAGCACGAGCACGCAAGUAUUGUUGUCCCACCCGACUCGGCAUCAUGAUGCAUGAUCAUACUAUAUUUUAACCGCCCAACUAGAACUACAGCUCUAAUUCUGCUUCUUUUCCCUUUUCUAGAUAGGUGUAGCAGGUCAGAAUGACGACGUUAAACGACCGCAGCACGAAAAACGCCGUCGAUUCUUCCUCCAAGAACGAGGUGCAGGAGGUUCGCGGCCCCGCGACGCAGGACUCCAUUGUGGACGACUGGACAGAGAGCGAGGAUGAGAAGGUGCAUCAACCGCCCAGGAAGAGGCGGAAGAAGGUCGUCGGACACGGACAGCAAGCGCCAGGGGAGAUGAACAGCGCCGCGGCUGCUCGUGGCCAGAAGCAGAACAAUCUUCACGCGGUACCCAACAUCAACCCAUUCUUAACGAAGAGCCACCAGGAAAAUAAGCCAAAGGUGGAUGCUAACACAAGAACUUCUGGAAUGGCAGCUGCGCGAGGAGAAGGACGACCCCAAAUGCUGCAUGCACAGGAGCUAGGACGACACCAGCACAGAGUAGUACCCCCACAAGCUAGUGGUGCGCAGCCCGCUGCAGUUGAUGUUCUUGUUCAUCCCAAGAAGAAGAACACGAUUCUUUCGAACGUCCUGCGCAAGACAACAAAUUGGAGGCCGACGCCGCAAAGACGAAAUAAGGCACAAAUGCCUGAUGUAGCUGCAGACGAAGAGCUGGUGCAUCCUGUUCCUGGUGGCGCAAGCGAAAGGACUACACGAUCAUCCUCUGCUGCUGCCACUGCUGCUGCUGCUGCUGCUGCGCCACCAGUUGCAGGUGGGUUACAGGACCACGCGCCAACCCGAGACAGUCCUGCCCGUUUUCAACGACCGCCACGGAGGGAUAGUACCUUGGACAGGAGGGAGAUAAAAAGCAAGUCCGGGUCGUCGUACCACGCCCCCGCUGCUUCAGUUGCUGCUCUUGCUAGUACUGCGGUCGAGGUUAUCGAACUGGAGGAUUCUUCUAACGGAGAGACGAGGAACAACGAGCCGCAAGAACAUCAAGGCGUCAACAGCAGUAAAAAUGCGAAAGCAGGCGGAUUUUUCCCAGAAGGAGAUAAAAGUGACGGGAAAAAAAAUGCUGAAAAUUAUGCUACCACGAAAACAUCAACUACAUCAACAACAAAUAAUAAGACUGCAACAAACAACUCCGCAAGGGCAAGCGGGAAAAAAAUUAUAAAUAUUGGCACCUCAAAGUCUUCUUCGUCCACCGCCUCGUCAAGCACAACAAGAACUGCAUCUGCCGCUUUUUCAUCAUCAUCAUCAUCAUCAUCAGCAGCACCCCCAGCAGCCUCCUCCGCCGACGCUUUCCGCAGCAAGAUGCAGGCGAUGCAGCGCGCCACCAAGUACUGGGCGGCCAUCGACGCGAACGACAAAAAUUGGGAGAUUUUGCUCGAAAAACGGCAGCACGGCUAUCGGACGUUGAGCGACGACCAACUGCCGGACUACGUGACCGUGAUUCGGAAUGCUCUCCCGGAAAACCUCGCGAACCGGCUGCUACGGCAGGUUUUGCACGGAGACCUCGGCAAAAAGUUCGAGGAAAAGACCUGGUGGGUGUUCGGCCAAGCGGGAAAAACCCCCAGGAAAACCUACAACUGGCACCGGCCGGACUGGGACAAAACGAUGUGCACCGCGGCGGAGACGCUGGAAGCAGUCAUUAACGAAAAAAUGAAGAACUGCCGGUAUUCGCUAGUCUCCGGCUGCACAACUUGUUCGUCCGACGACGUAGGUCUAGAAGUACUUGUAUCCUCAGUAAACAAAGACGUCCCCACCCCAUAGCUUGGUGCGCAUGACAAAUGUGGGAACGCAGUCGAGUCGUCCUUAGCUAGGGAAGCAGCUGCGCGACAGAUCUCGCACAUCAUGCUGAUUCGAGCAUCACGAACCUCAAAACACCGCCAGAAAAUGGCUCUCGGCAUGGGUCUCCGCAUGAAAAACACUUUAAGCAUGCUGGUUUGCAUGACAAGUACAAUUCUGGGGUCGUGGGGACGUAGUUUUUACUCGGGACAACUUGGAGGCCACGCCGAACCCAUGGAAAUUCUGCUGCAGCCAAAGUACCCGCUGCCAGAAACCUGGCGGGCGAGCUACGCCCUGGGGAACUGGUACCGGGACGGAAAAGAUAACGUCGGCCCGCACCAGGACUCGCUGACCCAUCUAGGGCCUUGUCCGAUGAUUGCGUCGCUCUCGCUCGGGGCGGGGCGGGAAUUCGUCUUGGAGCACCGGCAGACCAAGGAAAAGCUGUCGCUGAUGCUGCUCCACAACGACUUGCUGAUCAUGUGGCCGCCCUGCCAGGAGGAGUUCACGCACAGCAUUCCCAAAAUGUCCGCACCACUGCCCUAAGCAUUGCAAAAGCAUCGUACUUCUUCAUCUACUAACACUAAGUAUAAACUUCUGCAUGACAAAUUUUAUCCUCAAGGAGAAAAGUGGAAUUUGAAUUUGUAAUGCUGAUCCAGCUAAGAAACUUAUUAAUUUUUUGAUGCAUCCAUGAAUAGCUGCAAUUUGAUAUACGAGUGCGAUAGAAGUACUUUUGCAAUGCAUACGCCUUUCCUGUUCGCGGCGAAAAUGGACGAAAAAACGAAGCAAAAAUAGGAAUUGCAAAAGUAUCGUACUAGUAGAAAUCGCAUGACAAACUUCCUCAGCAUGAGAAAUGAAAUUUGUCAGGCGGGUUUAACUUGAGGCUGAGGCUGAGAAAGAAAUUUGUAAUGCAUAUACUGCAAUUACUACGAGUGCGAUACUUUUGCACAGGAUAAAAAACCGAAAAAACUGAUCAACGACCGAGUAAACUACACGUUCCGCAUGGAGCGGCCGGAGUACAGCGCGCUCACGCCCAACUGCGACUGCGGCCGGCCCUGCAACCUGAAGCCGUUCGUGCAGAAGUGGAUAUCAAAAGGAAAAAUCCCCCCUCCCCAUAUCGAAAUGGAAAUCUGUGAUGCAGGAUUUGUGUACACAAAUCGGAUUUGUCUUGCGGUGGAGGACUGCAGACAGGUACAAAGCCCGGAAAGGAAUGGCUUGGGGUAGGUACUUAGCAUGGCAGACGUCUGCCCUAGUAGCGUAGCAGCGUUACAAAUCGCCUGCGAAAUGCAGCGGACGCCCUGGCUUUGCUCUCUUGCAAGAGAGAUUCGACCUGUUUCCACAAAUCAGCAUCACAAAUUUUGAAAAGCGCGCCUUUUCGAUAUGGGGAGGAGGGAUUUUUCCUCACAAUAGUGGAAUGGGACUAACUUCGGCAAGUACCUGUACCGCUGUAACCCGGCCGACCGAAAGGAGAAGCCGUGCAUAUGGCGUUCUCAGCUGUUACAUUCUCAACUGUUACAUGAACUUGUGACGCGAGAUUGGGAAAAGUGAAAGAGGAAGGCUGCACCUGUAGCAUUACAAAUUCCGCAAAGAUUUAGCUGCGGUUUAGCCCUUCGUAAGUUUGUCAUGCGGAGCAGCUUGAUCCUGCGGAUGAUGAUGGUGCUUUUGCAUGAAAAAUUCAUGUAACAGUUGAGAAUGUAACACUUGAGAACACCAUAGUGCAAAUUCGUCAAGUGCGCAGAGUGGAGCUGUCUGGAAGGCGGGCUGGCGGAGUACGAAAAAAUGCUAGAAAUGCGGCGCAGCAAAGAAUUGUCGGCCGCGAAAGAUGUUGAAAAGACCAAAGAAUCAGACUUAGGCUCCGGCGGCGAUGGCGUCGCUAUGCCGAACCAGCAUCACGAUCGUCCACCAAGGUCGCCGACAUAUCCACGGAAAAAAAACCAUCCCCAUCCAUUUUUUGCAUGACAGAGAUCGGAUUUCACACACGGUUUGCGAUGAUAAAUUGGAUGGGGAUGCGAUGAGUCUUUUUUUGUGGAUACGACAGUGGGGGAAAUCAUGGAAAAGAUGUACGAAAAAAAGGAUAAAGAAAGGCAAAAAGUUUUGAAAGCGGGCGGGGGUGCCACGCUUUUUGAAACUACGCCUAAAGUAGACAAUGCUGAGCAAGGCACUGCAGCUGGCUCUAGGACGACGACGACAUUACAGCAGAAUAAAAAACCAAAGAAUUUUUACAAUCAGUCCUCUAGUUCUGCUUCUUUCCAGAAUGUAUUCCAACAAACGCAGGCCGAUGCCGAAGCAGAUUUGGACAGUCAGCUGCAAACUGACGAAAGGGAUUUGAGAAUUAUGUGAGGAACAAGACAGAAGAAUCGAUGCUCGUUGUCGCAUGAACGAAAAAAAAGCGUACAGGGCUGCUCCUUUACGCAGCUAAGUAUUUUUUUUUGACCAUAGACUGGAACUUGAUACAACCG